GCUAACGACAGCUAACAUCGCCCGAUGGUGGUAAUGUUAACUCAUUGUUAUGGCUGGGAGAGCUAGCAGGCUAGGUGUCUGUCAAAACAUAGUCUGACAGUGUAAUUGUACAUUUCUAAUGGAUUAACACUGAUGAGACACAACCGACAGAGCUUUUUGCAGCAAUUUGUAACUUAUCCGUAUAUAGAGUCGGUUGAGUAGGUAGUAAGGAUACACUGUGGCUCAGUCACGGAAACAAAUUUAAUCACAAACUCAAAAUCUGCUUUUACUUUCCAAUGCAAUCACUCUUUAUGAAUUGCAUUCUUCUUUCAGAAUUAGAUAUCCAGAGCAAUUGAAAAUGCAUAUGGAACAAGUAUAAUGAUCAAAAACAUUUAGAGGUUUGGUGCAGUUUCCAUCACAGAAAAAACAUUCAGAGGUUUUAAUCUGCUUUGAGUAACAACAUUAUCAACAACAUACUGGACAACUGAGGAAAACAUUAUGUAUCCUAACCCACAGUGACAAGCUGUCACACAAGUUUGACAAGCACUAAUUGUUUUUCCGUCCAUGCAUUUCGCGGGGGCAGCAGACUAAGAAAGGUAUCCCAGUCGCCCCUCUCCCCAGCAACGUAUUCCAGUUAGUUCUGGGAUUUUUUUUCCUGUUAAGUGUAACUUAUGCACCAGUAAAGACUUCUAGAUGACUAGAUUUUUUUCUAAAGAGGCCUAUAGAGUAGACAGACUAAACAACCAUGCUUGGUUUGUCAUUGAUAUGCAUAAAAUAGCAUUUAUUUGUUAUAUUAUGAUAAUAAUGGAUGCCAAAAAUAUAUUGAACUUGUUGUUUGGCUCACUACAACAAUGUGACAUCAGCUGUUAUCAAUCUUAGCAAUUUGUUAACUGAUUCCUUUCUUUUCCCAGCUGUAGCAGAAUGGAAUUACCAGCACAAACUUGUUUUGAGUGGUACUGCAUAAGGACGCGGCUCUGUUUCAGCCCUCAAAACAAGGAGCCAUAAACUCCAUGCAUUGUGUGAAGUCAAUUACUUUUCAGAAAAAAACAAAUUGCACUCAAAAAGAGACACUCAAAGGACAGAUAUGUUUGCCAAGUUGAAGAAGAAGAUUGCAGAGGAGGCGGCCACAGCCCCUCGGAGUGGUGUUCGUAUACCACGCACCAUCAGCAAGGAAUCCAUCACCUCAGUUGGGGCAGACUCAGGGGAUGACUUUGCAUCCGAUGGCAGCAGUUCGAGGGACGACCUGCCAGCACAGCUUCUCAGAAGGAAUGAUCAGAUACGGAAGCUUGAGGCUAAGCUAUCAGACUACGCUGAGCAGCUACGAAUUAUGCAGAAGACCAAGGACAAGCUUGAAAUUGCAUUAGAAAAGCAUCAGGAUUCAUCCAUAAAGAAACUUCAAGAGCAGAAUGAGUCUCACCAGGUGGGCAGAGCCAAAAUGGCAGAGGGGAUGGCUCUGGCACUAGAAAAGAAGGAUCAGGAAUGGAUGGAGAAAAUGACUAAUGUGGAAAAGGAGAAGGCUUCCCUGUCAGCCCGGUUAGAGGAGAUGAUGGAGCAAAGCUUGGUACUAUUCCAGAAAAGGGAUGACCUCGAUGAACUGGAGGGCUUUCAGCAGCAGGAACUCGCUAAAGUUAAACACAUGUUGCUGAAGAAGGAAGAGCAGCUGAACCAGCAGGAUCAGGAGCUCCAGCAAAAGGACGCUGACGUUCAGUCGGCAAAGCAAGGGCUGUCUGAGGCUCGAAGGAAACUCCAGACUCUGGAACAGCAGCAUGAGGAGAGCUGCAGACUCAACUCUGAGCUCGAAAUAGAGCGAGAGGAACUGCUUCUGCUCAGAGAGGAGGCAGACAAGAAGAUCAGUGAGCUGGAGGGACGCUGCCAGGAGCUGCAGGCAGUCAUCCAGCAGGUCUCUGAAGACUUCCAGAAGUCACAGAGUAUGGUGUCGACUCUAGAGCAGUCCCUACAGGAAUUACAGGCUGAACACGACGCGCUGAAGCUGCAACAACAAAAGGCUGCUGUAACAGAGGAGGACAAGGAGCGCUUGUUAGUGGAUCUUCAGAAGAAAGUGACGUCUCUGGAUAGAAGGCUGCAGGGGAACCUGAGCCAGGACGAGCAUCUACAGGAGCUUCUCCAGGAGAAGUCCAGCCUUGAACAAUGUGUGGAAGAGAGCAGAACAGAGCUGCUGGUGUUACGGACAAACCAUGCUGAUACUGUCAGCUCUCUGGAGACACAGAUAUCCAAAAUGAGCUGCACCAUCACUGAGCUGCAGACCCUUCUCCGACACAAAGACGACUCCUCCAGAGCCUACAAAGAGAGAACAGACACACAAAUAGCUAAUUUGGAGCAGAAAUUCGAAGAGAGUAGUGAGAGACUGAAGAGUGCAGAGCAUCAAAUCACAGAGAAACAGCAGCUCAUGGAUAAACUGCAAGGAGAGUGGAGUGCAGAGAAAGCCUUUCUGGAUCAGCAGGUGUGUUUGUUAGAGCAGCAGAGUCAGGAGAAGGCCAGCCGCCUGGAGGAAACCAUUACAUCUCUACAGACAGAAACACAGAUGCUGCAUGACAACAUGGCUGAUCUGGACAAGCAGAGGAGCGAGGCAAGCUCCACUCUCAGCCAGCAGAUGGAAGAACUGGAACAGUGCAGGGCGGAGCUGAGCAGCCGGCAGACGGUGAGCACGGAAAUUGCAAAAGCUCUAGAAGAAACAAGACGACAGAAGGAGGAGCUGCAAACACAGGUUGGAGAGCUGACCACAUCACUACAGACCUCACAGCAGGAACUGUCCAGUGUCACUGAGAAGCUAGCACUGAGAGAGGAAGACAUCAAAACACUCAAGAACGAGGUGCAGUGUCGGCAGGCAUCACUGGUCCAACUACAGGAGGAGGUGGAGCAGCAGAGAGUCCAGAUGGAGCAGAUGGAGCUGGACAAAGACUCCCAGCUGAUCAGCCUAAAGGAGGAGCUGGUCAGCCAGACACAGCAGCUAGAUGCCUGCCAGGCACGGAUCUCAUACCUGGAGGUCGAAGUGGAGACCUUAACGGAACAACUUCACAGCCCUGAAGUGUGUGAGGAGGAUCAGAACGGUAGCGUGACGGUGGAUGAUCUGGAUCACAUUCAGAAGGUCAACCGAGAGCUAGAGCAGCAGCUCACAGACAAAAGCAGGACCAUCAAGCAGCUGCAGCAGAGACUGGCAGAACUGAAGAGGACACUGCAGAAGGAACUGAAACUAAAGGCUGAGCCAGAAGCUGAAGGGAAAGAGAAGGUUCCAGAAAGCCGAGCAGAAAAACAAGAGAAGUUUUGUGCAGACCUGCUACCAACCUGCACACUAAGCCCCCCGACCUCCAAAACCACAGUGACAAACACCUCAGACCUCAACGACUCAAGAGAAAUCAACUUUGAGUAUCUCAAACACGUUGUACUUAAAUUUAUGUCAUCCAGAGAGGCUGAGGCGUUCCAGCUAAUACGAGCUGUAUCUGUGCUGCUGAACUUCACUCGUGAGGAAGAGGACAUGUUGAAACAAACUCUGGAGUACAAGAUGUCCUGGUUUGGAUCGAAGCCUUCUCCAAAGGGUACCAUCCGGCCUUCCGUCUCAGGCACUUGGACUCACUGGAGCUGAUGAGCAGCAGAAAGAGCUGAAUCGAUGGAGAGAAGGAACCAAAGGACCCCCUCUAGGAGGAAGAAGUCCUGUGGCUCCCAUCACAGAGCAGGACUCUAGCUUUAACCUUUGAACAGCCUCUCACAGUUUUCUCUGUCUCUGUGUGAAAAGGACUGUUUUCUGCUCUUUGGGGACAGAGAAGGGCUGCACGGUAUGUUAAUAAUCAGUUGUUGAUUAUUAAAUUACAUUAUUUCCUUGUCAGUGGUGAAGGCAGAUGGACUUUUGACCAUAUGUUAUAGAGGGUAAACUUAUACACAUAAUUCCCACUGGAGUUUUAAGUGUCUUGAGUCUCACUUUUCUUCCCUGACAUGUGACACAGAUCUGAUGCUUUCUACCCUGUGAAAACAGGAAAAAGUGAUUUAGCAUGUGAGAAAAUGAGACACGGCAUCAGAAACAAAACAGAUUGACUUGACUGUUAGCUUUGGAGCUGCCUCAUUUCUACCCAGAUGCGAACUACACAGGUCGCAUAUUUUUGGUUUCAACAAAAAAACGACGUGACAGUCUUCAUGGGACUAAUGGUGAAGCAUUGAUUGCUAAAGGACCUUUCACCCUUCACUUGGUUAUCUUUCACAGAGGGCUUCAUAAUGAAAAUGUGUAUUUUAAUUUAAUUGGUACAGGUUACCGAAGCUGAUCUGGUUUCAGUAUAAGUGAGAGCUUAUUUAAUAGUACCAGCCAAAUGGACAUAAAUAGUUCACAUUUGUGUCAAAGGAUCUUUAUUUGUCUACAUGUAGAGUUUGAGGCCCCUUUCCCAAAUUUAUCUUAAAAAUGUCCUCCAUCUUUUUAUUUUUACUGGAAAUUAGCUUUUUUUAUUAUCUUUAGAAAUAUUCAUGAUGGCAUUGAAAGGAAUAUGUGUGUAUACUAUGCUCUGAUGGCAAAGGAAUGUUAUUAGUUUAAGACUACUUUACAAAGCUCUUUGCACAAUCAAGGGAAUCCACAAUAGGAUUCCUGUCCAAUAGCACCUCCAAUUUCCAGAAUUGUCAUGAGAAAUGAGAACACUGACAUAUUACCAUUUGUGGUUGAAGAUUAUUAGUCACGAUUACCUGUGCUGAAUUUUAAAUGAGCAAACGUAAGUUAGGUUUGACUCAUUUCUCUUUAGUAUUACAUUUCCAUCAUAUUUCUUCAAGUUAUGUCACUGAAAUCCCCUUUACAAUAUGUUGUUAUAGGACAGCAUAUAGACAGUGUAAACAUUUUUUUUUUAACGAUUCCUUAAAUUUGCAUAAUAAAGAUUUGGGACCAUGGGACGUAUUACAGUGUAAAAAAUAAACUUGUCAGUGCUCUCUAGUUGACAAGACAAUAUAUAAUGGGGUCUAUUGGCCAACAUUUAAACUGACAUGGCCUUGCUGUAGUUCCACAGCUUAUUUAAAUUGCAAUCAAAACCUAGCUUGGCCAUUGGACUGUUACUCUGUUGAGCCUACCAGCAGACCUUGUUUUCAAAUCCUUACUCCCUCACCUAGAUUGGGGGACCCUAAUCUCACCAUGGCACUAAUUUAAACGACCUACUGGCUAAACAUUUGACUAGUUCAGCUUGUUGUGGGAUUAUAUAUACGUAUCUUUGAAGGGCUGCCUUGGAGGCUCAGGUCAGGCUAAAAGGUGUCUUUUCUCAAUUGCUGCUACUGGAGAAACGCGUGUCUGCCACAGCUGAUGCAAUUGAAUGUACAGACCGUCCUUUAACACCGAUACAAAUGAUUUGGACUAUAGCUGUCCAUUUGGCUAAUAUAAAAAUGUGAUAAAAUAAGUGAAUUCCAUGUAAAUGAUGACUGGAAGACCUGCUCUACCUUUACCUGCCUUUGCUAAUGUAAAUAGAAGUACAUUCCACAUGUCUAUUUAUAUAUAGAAAUGUGUACAUAAAGUAUGCAUUGAGAACUUUAUAAAGCAGUGGAUGUAAAUGGUUUGUUGUGACCAGUUUGCAGUAUUUAUCAUCAUCAUCAUCAGAAUCAUCAUCAGAAUCAUCAUCAGACCUGAACCGAUAUGUUUCUGCCUCAGCUUGUAACUCAGUCCCACUGCCCAUCACUAUCCUCCUCCUCCUCCUCCUUCAAUGUGAUGUAAGUCACAACACAAUGAGGUUUAUUUUUUACAUCAGUGGGAAGCCCGGGAAACCUGCAUGUUUGCUGUUUAAUUGCAUUGUUGAAUCCCUCAGGCAGUCCGCUCUGUCUUUUACAGUUCUCAUAAUUUCUAAAAGGCCCUGGACUCAGCAUUUGUAUUAAUUCCAGGGAUAUGCAUACAACCAAAAGCAGAAAUACAUCAGGGUGCUGUCGGCAAGAUUAUCAGUCACAAAAAAGAAAAUUUGAGAUCAGAUUAAUGUUUGAAGUUGUAUCUUCUGAAUACAUAUAUCUGUAUAUUGGGAUACAGGGGUCCAUCUUUGAAUGCAGAACUGUUAUCUUGUGUUACUGAUGUAGUCACCCAAGCUGCUGGGUAGUAUACUAUCUCCAUGAGAAUCAAAACAAACAAUGAAUGCACUUUUUAACCUGAUCCUACUGUGUUAAACCCUGAAACACAACUGUACAAUCACUACAGCUUUUCUGUCUUCUGCUUUUUAUGAUUUAACAAAGAUGUAAUUUUCCCACAUUUAUUAAUAAUAAAUCUGAAAUGGUAAAA